CUGUCUCGAUAGGCAGCUGCGCGCGCUUAUUGAGGCGCGGCCCCAGUGCAUUGUGGGCUGCUGGAGGAGCGCAGGGUCAGAUUGUCGCGAUCAUGGCUGCUGUGUGUUUCUCCUUGAGCCGCUGCUGCGCUGCCGUUCACCGACCCGCGAUCACGGCGGUGCGGUUCGCGCAGACAGCGGCGGCGCCGGCGGCUCAGCCCAGAAUCAAGAAGUUCCAGAUCUACCGCUGGGAUCCAGACACCGUCGGAGACAAACCUCGCAUGCAGACGUACGAGGUGGACCUGAACACCUGCGGGCCGAUGGUUCUGGACGCUCUCAUCAAGAUCAAGAACGAGAUGGACGGCACGCUGACCUUCAGACGCUCCUGCAGAGAGGGAAUCUGUGGAUCGUGCGCCAUGAACAUCAACGGUGGAAACACGCUGGCGUGUCUGAACAAAAUCGACAGCAACACCAGCAAAGUGACGAAGAUCUACCCGCUGCCGCACAUGUAUGUGGUGAAAGACCUGGUGCCCGACAUGAGCAACUUCUACGCUCAGUAUAAAUCCAUCGAGCCGUACCUGAAGAAGAAGGACGAGUCCAAACAGGGGCAGGAGCAGUACCUGCAGAGCGUGGAGGACCGGGAGAAGCUGGACGGCCUGUACGAGUGUAUCCUGUGCGCCUGCUGCAGCACCAGCUGUCCCAGCUACUGGUGGAACGGAGACAAGUAUCUGGGCCCGGCCGUCCUCAUGCAGGCGUACCGCUGGAUGAUCGACUCGCGCGAUGACUUCACCGAGGAGAGGCUCUCCAAACUCCAGGACCCGUUCUCUCUGUACCGCUGUCACACCAUCAUGAACUGCACCAGAACCUGCCCGAAGGGUUUGAAUCCAGGCAAAGCCAUCGCUGAGAUCAAGAAGAUGAUGGCCACGUACAAGGAGAAGAAAGCGGCAUCGGCGUAAACGUCUCGUGUUCAAACCGAAGAUGUACAGACCAGCUCUCGCACACCUAGACACUCUCGACAGGACAAAGAUCAUGUGAUCUGUUCAUCACUCCAUAAACAGACACGUGUGUAUGUCGUUUCAGAGACGCUUGAGACUCGUUUUAUCUGGAGAUCUCGCUGUAUAUUAAAUAAAUACAUGCUUAUAGUUCACAA